AAACAGUCCUGACAGAUGUGAAAAAUAAAAUCGCAUAUUAUAGCGAACACUUACAGCCUGCCAACUCAGUUACAUGGGGGAAAAAUCACUUUGAAAAAUACGUUACCUUUUCCAUACUAUGUGCUUCAGAAGACCAGAAGUCGUUUUACUUUCCCGUGCCAGUGAGACUCUACUUCUAUUUAUUAACAAGGACCUAAACGAGCAGCGCAUGCGCCACAGCCACCCUACGGCUGUGGGGCGCGUGAGAGGCUGGGGUACCGACCUACCUUGUGUUCUCUGGUUGUGGCGGAGGCUUCUGGGCUGUGUCGGGGGCCGCCAUGGGAAAGGUGAAUGUGGCCAAGUUGCGUUACCUGAGCCGGGAUGACUUCAGGGUCCUGACCGCGGUAAGCAGCUCUCCGGUUCCCCGGCCCCCUGCCCUUCCCACCGCGCGUCCUCUUCCUGUACUUGGAAGUGAGCUGGGAGCAGGGCGCGCUCUGGCCGGGGAACGCGGCCGACGCUGGGAUCGCGACUGGGGAGAAGACCAGGGAGUCGGAGUUUUCAAAAGCCCUUGUUCCGAACCUUUUAUCUUACCCGAAAUACAGCAGAGGCCCUUCUUCUAUUCAUGUCUUUCCUUUCUGCCCGCCUUCGCCAGAGCCACACGCAUCUCUGUGGCCCGAGAAGCAAUUCUGACCCCGGGCUUCCGACCAGCUGAAAAGGGUUUUAAUUUGGUUGCUUCGAUAGCCAGCCUUAAACAUGGUGGCUGUAAUAAAGUUUUAAGAGAAUUAGUGAAGCAUAAACUCAUAGCUUGGGAGCGUACCAAAACUGUCCAGGGCUAUCGGUUGACAAACGCAGGCUAUGAUUACCUAGCUUUGAAAGCACUUUCUUCUAGACAGGUAGUUGAGUCUGUUGGAAACCAGAUGGGUGUUGGCAAAGAAUCUGAUAUUUAUAUUGUUGCAAAUGGAGAAGGUCAGCAAUUUGCAUUAAAGCUUCACAGACUGGGAAGAACCUCUUUUCGAAAUCUGAAAAACAAGCGAGAUUACCAUAAACACAGGCAUAACAUGUCUUGGCUUUAUUUAUCUCGUCUCUCUGCCAUGAAAGAAUUUGCCUAUAUGAAGGCAUUGUAUGAGAGGAAAUUUCCAGUUCCAAAGCCAAUUGAUUAUAAUCGCCAUGCAGUGGUCAUGGAACUCAUAAAUGGCUAUCCUCUAUGUCAGGUACACCACGUUGAAGAUCCUGCAUCAGUAUAUGAUGAAGCGAUGGAACUAAUUGUCAAACUUGCAAAUCAUGGGCUAAUUCAUGGAGAUUUCAAUGAAUUCAAUCUCAUUUUAGACAAAGACGACCACAUCACCAUGAUUGAUUUUCCACAAAUGGUUUCAACUUCUCAUCCCAAUGCUGAAUGGUAUUUUGACAGAGAUGUUAAAUGCAUUAGAGAUUUCUUCAUGAAACGUUUCGGCUAUGAAAGUGAGCUUUAUCCAGUCUUUAGUGAUAUCAGGAGGGAGGACUCUCUUGAUGUAGAGGUUUCUGCCAGUGGCUACACAAAGGAAAUGCAGGCAGAUGAUGAACUGCUUCAUCCAAUAGGUCCAGAUGAUAAAUGUAUCGAAACAGAGGAGGGAUCUGAAUUCUCACUUUCUGACGAAGAGGUAUCAGAAAAAGCAAAGGUUUAUAGGUCAGAAAAUCAAAGUGAACAAAACUCUGUAGAUGAAUCAGUUGACUGUUGUUGCAGAUCACCUGGAGACCUUGAACAAAUACAGGAAGACAAUUUGUCAGAGGGGAGUGCUGCUGCACACAAUUUGGAAAUGACUGGAUUCAGUCAAGCUUUAGAAGAAAUAAAAGGGCAGGUUGUUGAAAACAAUUCUGUAACUGAGUUUUCUCAAGAGAAAAACAAAACUGAAAAUGACACCAGGCAAGAUGGUAAGACAGGUCACGGAGGAAUCCCCACAGGCUCUGAAGAGGAUGAAGAUGAAUGCCCUCAUCUCAUUGCCUUGUCCUCAUUCAACAAAGAAUUCAUGCCUUUCAGAGAUGAAGAAAAUAUGGAAGAUAUGAAUCAAUAUAGAACAAGAACUCUGAGUGUUACUUCUGCGGGUAGUGUGUUAAGCUGUUCAACAAUUCCUCCGGAACUGGUGAAACAGAAGGUGAAACGUCAAUUGACAAAACAGCAAAAAUCAGCUGUCAGACGUCGAUUGCAAAAAGGAGAAGCAAAUAUAUUUACCAAGCAACGAAGAGAAAACAUGCAAAAUAUUAAAUCAAGCUUGGAAGCAGCUAGCUUUUGGGGAGACUAAUAUAUUUAAGACCUUGAAUAUUUUUCAGAAAGUUGCUAUGAUCCCGUUUUAAGCCACCUUUAGUCUUUUGGUCCAAGGCAGAUAAAUAAAUCCUCUCUCAUGUAUAAAUUUGACUCAUUCAGUACAUGUUUUUUAAAGAAUAAUUGUAGUAAUUCUAAAGCAAUCCAAUUUUACAAGUAAUUUUGAUGCCUGAUAUAGCUGAUGAAAUCUGGUUUUCGAAAUAAAUUUUAUUAGGAAUAUUUGGGUAUUUUUAAAAUCUAAA